AUGAAUAAUCGCUCGAUCGCCUGGUGGCUGACACAGAUUGGGCUGCCCCAGUACAAACAGACACUGGAGACAGAGUAUUAUGGACUCGAGGGUCUCCUGUAUGUAACGGAUGAGGAUCUGAAACAUUUGGGAAUCAAUGACCCAAAACAUAGAGUAACCAUUUUAACCCAACUACAGAAACAACGUCAGAGACUACAGCCCAAUACAGAUCUGACCUUUGACCCCUCCCCAGACCUCCCAGCGCUGCCAAGAACACGCAGUGUGGCUCGCAAGCACUCAGUGGGUUCGACCUUUGACCUACUCAAGCCGCGACACGACCUGUUUCGCCAAAGCAUUGUGCCCCGCCUCCGUUGCCAUGACGACAACCGACGCUCCGCCUCCUGCUCGCUGCUCCACGCACUGGAGGAAGACCAAGAACCCCGCCCACCUCACAGGAGAGAGAAACACAGUCGUGAGAUAUUCCGAGCAGGUCAACGUGUUCUGGAAGUUGUCAGCAAACGGAAGAGCGUAGCAGCCUUCUUCAACCAGGUAUUUGGGGGGCGUAAGGAUAUGGAUUCUCUGAGGAAAGAACUGGAGGAGGAACUAAAACUCAGCACAGAGGAUCUGAGGAGUCAUGCAUGGUACCACGGUCAGCUGCAGAGAGAGGGUGCAGAGGCCCUGCUGGAGAGGGACGGGGACUUCCUGGUGCGUGACUCUCGUAGCAGUGAGGGAGAUUAUGUGCUCAGCUGUAAAUGGAGAGACCAGCCCAUGCACUUCAAAAUCAUACGAGUUGUCCUCCGACCCAAGAAGGGCUAUUCGCGAGAGCUUUUCCAGUUUGAAGAUGACCAGUUCGAUAAUGUUCCCGCCUUGGUGCGGUACCAUGUGGGUGGGAGGAGGCCUGUUUCCCACUCGUCUGGAGCCAUCAUAUUCCACCCAAUCACACGCAACCUGCCCAUACGUGUCAUCAACGAGCGCCAAGGGGCAAAGACAGAAAGUUCUGGCCCCAGUGGCGCACCCAGCUGGUCAGGAGGUCACAAAAGGAGAAGUCUCAGCUCCACACAUAUGGACACACUUCAGGUUAACAACAGCAAUAACCUUCUGAGGAGUGGUAGUCAACCAGCUAAUCUGGAAAACGUUGGACGACCAUCACUUCAGACCGCACAGUCAGACAGCAACCUACGUACUGGGGAUCCUCCCACCUGUCCAUCACCAGGGAUUAGCCCCGCCCCCAUCUCUCCAGUGUUCCGCACGGGCAGCGAGCCUCUUCUGAGCCCUGGCUCUGCGCGCUCCGCCCACGCCGGCCACCCGUGGGGCGGCUCCACCCUACGCGGCUCUGACGGACAGCUGCACCCCAGAGCUCCGCCCAAACCUCUCCGAAUCUCCGCCUUUUUCCCUGGGGUCACGCCUCUGCCUCCACGACCGGAAACAGACCCCGCCUGCUUUUACGAUGAGCUGGUGCCCCAGGUGCCCCCCUCCAUGCUGCCCAAAGGUCACGCCGCCCGCCUGCGGGCCGAGGAGAAAUGGAAGAGCCGCGCGCGUCUGACCGAGACCAGCUUCGGUUUCUUAGAGGCCACGGAGAGACGGGAGGACCAGAGGGAUGAGGAGGAGGGAGGGAAGAAUGAGGAGGAGGACUGGAGAUUUGAGUGUCCACAGACUGAAACAAGCUCCUGCUUUCGCUUAGACGCCUUCCGUUCGCUGCUGCUGCCGGAGAAUAACCGGCCGCUGGAGCAGAGCGUACUGCACGCGCUCAAAGAACUGUUUACACACAGCGACGCCAAGACAACCGCUCUGCACAUGCUCAGUGUGGACUGUCAGGUGGCUCGUAUCACCGGAGUGACAGAGGAACAGAAGAGGAUCAUGGGAGUUGACUCAGGUUUAGAGCUCAUUACUCUACCACAUGGACACCAACUCAGACAAGACCUGCUGGAGAGGCAUCACCUGAUAGCUCUCGGGGUUGCCGUGGAUAUUCUGGGAUGUACGGGGACUGUUAGUCAGCGGGCAGCUGCGCUACACAAAAUCAUUCAGUUGGCCCAUGAGCUGCGUCACACAGCAGGAGAUCUCUACGCCUUCUCGGCCGUUAUGAAAGCUCUGGGGAUGCCUCAGGUGGUGAGGUUGGAGAUGACGUGGAGGGCUUUAAGGCGUAACCACACAGACAGUGCAGUGUUGUUUGAGAAGACACUUAAACCCUUCAUUAAAGCUCUGGAUCUGGGAGACGACUCUGUGUGUGAGGGGCCUCUCUCCCUCCCUCAUAUGGUCCCUCUGCUCAGGCUGAUGGAGGGAGAGGACAUCGGUGAAAACUCAGAGACAGGCUGUCAGCUCCUUUACAGUAUACUGCAGUCAGCACGCAACACUGCACUAAACGCCCGAGAGUACCAGCAACACGCACACAACCUGCUCUCAGCAGGCUGGGAACCAGUCCCUGAGUUACUGGAGGCGUUCCGCACAGAGUUUGCUCUGCGGCUUUUCUGGGGACAGAGUGGGGCAGGGGCGGAGCAACAGGAACGCUACGAAAAAUUCGACAUGAUCCUCACCGUGCUCUCCAACAAACUGGAGCCCACGGAGGUCAUGGAAUCUUGACCCUCUGACCUCUGAUAAUGUGGACAUUCUGAGAACCUUAAGGAAGGCCCCACCGCACUAGUUGCAUAAGCUAAAGAAUGUUCUGUUUGCCUCCUGUGAGAUAAUACCACCUCCUUUAUAACAUUACUACUUUCUUCUAGAUUUCCUUCAGUAAACCUGAGUAUUCUGUCAACUCACAGCAGCUCUGUGGAGUUUUAAAGGUCCCUGGUUCGAUCCCAGGUCUCGGCAGUUGUGAUGGGUGAUUACAUGGAGCAGCCCGUGGCCUAAUGGUUAGAGAAGUGGACUUGUGACCGAAAGGGCACUGGUUGGAUUCUCAGGACU